AUGUCACACAGUAGCGGUCUGCCACGCCGUCGAAGUCGUUAUCGUUUGAAUCGUAUGGACAGCAGCAGCUCGACCCCGAGCAUACCUAUACCAGAAUCGUCUUCCACCGAACGAUAUGACCCAUUGCAGAGAUAUCAAAACUCACCGCCUGAGGAUGACUAUGUGUCUAUGGCGGCUGUAGAGCAAGCGCUGCAAAGCAGUGAAUUUGACAUACUGGACCCUAACCACGUCAGUCAGUCUGCAGAUGCUUUUCCUGGCAGAGGACGUCGAAGUCGACCUGGCUCUAUCGCAAGUGUGGAAAGCGCAGCAAGCACGCCUUCAGUUCGAUCUUCAAAUUCAGCAGCAUCCAGCAUCUCUGCAAGAUCGCGUUCUGCACGAAGGCGACCACAAAGAACUCGCAAGCCUAAGACACAAUCAGACAAAGCGCACAUCUUCAAGUGCACUUUCUGCUGUGAUACAUUCUACAAGAGAUACGACUGGUCGAGGCAUGAAAGAUCGCUGCACCUAAACCUAGAGGUCUGGCUAUGUUGUCCUCAAGGAGGUUCGGUGUUCUCUGAGGCUACUGGCAGGAACCACUGUGCCUACUGUCAAGUGCUGGAUCCUACGUUAGAGCAUCUCGACAGUCACGACCACAGCAAUUGCGUGAGGAGCUCGCGACGACAAUUCAACCGCAAAGAUCAUCUGGUUCAGCAUCUAAGACUGUUCCAUCGAUUACAAACGAUGCCACUGAUCGAUGACUGGAAGACCCAAGGUCCGAACAUUACGUCUCGUUGUGGAUUUUGUGAUCGCCGGAUGACAAACUGGGACGAGAGAAUCGAGCACUUGUCCGGUCACUUCCGUGCUGGACGUACAAUGAAAGACUGGAAAGGUGACCACGAAUUUGAGCCCGAGAUCGCCGCAAGGGUCACAAAUGCGAUACCGCCCUAUUUGAUUGGCGACGAAACCGAGACUCUGGUACCGUUCUCCUCGACUAGUCAUGUCGUGAGAGAUCAUGUCGCUCAAAUCUCUUCACGACUAACAGCAAUGCCAUCUGAACCUUCUGAGCCAACGUCUCCUCUUCCACUAACCCCUGAGAUGGAAGCUCCGCCAGCGCAAACCAAUAAUCUGACCCUUAACGAGAUGGUCAUAUUCCAUCUUGGUCGAUAUGGACGUCAGCAGUUGAGCUUAGGAAUCACACCCACAGACGAAAUGUUCCAGAAUGAAGCUCGAAGAUUACUUUAUGAUUCGGAUGAUCCUUGGAACCAGUCUCUUGUAGACAAUCCUGAGUAA